CCUCCACCACCUCGCAUACUUUAUACUCUCUCCACAUCCCCCCCUCUCCCUUUCUUUAUUUUUAUUCUCCGAAUAUGUGCUUUUCUGAGCUGUAGAGGGCUGCAGCUUCGGCUGCAUCUUUGUCACUAUUCUCCGUGGCAAAGGCCAAUUCCAUCUGGGUGCAAUCAUUAAUCUCCACACACCGCCCAACGCCCCGCUAUGCCUCACAAACAGAAGAAGAAUUUCAACAAUGCCCCCCAGAUUGGCUCUCCUCGAGCGGAGAAGAAACAGCUCUCCCCAAAUCCGUCCGCUCGUUUUGCCUCGCCCGUAGUGGCCCCCACCAAUUAUCAGGAGAUCCACCAGAACGAGGUGGAAGCUCUGCGCUCCAUUUACGGCGAUGAUUUCGAAGAAGUUGCCCACAGGCGCUCCGCCUGGCAGCAAUCCUCCGAGCUCGUCUUCAAGCUGCAUCUCCGAGCCUCGUCCAAUCCCGAAGUACAUCUAGAGCUGCUGGUGGAGCUACCGACUACCUACCCCAAGACGGUACCGAAUCUUUCCUUGGAGAACCUCGACGAUCUGCGCCAGGGUGCUCGAUCGAGAAUCAAAGAGAUCGUUCGCACUAAACCAAAGACACUCUUGGGCUCCGAAAUGAUCUAUGAACUGGCCGUGUCUAUCCAGGAUGUUCUUGAGGACGUGGCCGAAGCGCAGGCGCAAGAUAAAGACCUACCCAGUCUCGAAGAGGAGCGCAUGGAACAAGAAGCCGCCGCAAAUCAACGAGCCGAGCUAGAGCGACAGGAGGAACUGCGCAAACAGGAGGCGGCCACCGCAGAGGAGGAACGUGCACUGCAGCAAUUGCUCGAGGACAGGCUGAGGGAGCGGACAAAGCUUUCGCGCCGGAAGAGUCGCACGCCUGGCCUGGAUGCUAAUGGAGACAUUGACGGCGCGCAACAAGUCGCGGGAGCCAUCACCUUCGAUCCGCCCCUCGUUGUGACGGAGCCGGGUCAAGACCCGUUGUUCUUUAGAGCCGUGUACGGAAAGUCACUCUUGAAGAGUCGUCAGUACAAAGAAACUUGUACUGUGAGACCAAUCGCGUCCGACAACCGAACCCAUGCACCGCUUUUGGUCUUGAAGGAAAUGUUUCUCGACGCAAAGGGUGUUGACCCGUUGGAUUUUCGGGAAAAGAUGCGUUUCAGCGAGGAUAAACUGGAGGGUCUGAAAAAGCUCCGCCACCCGAACAUUCGAGACUUUAUUGGGUUCACGAUUUCUCGGCCACUGAGCUCCCAGGAGAGCACUUGGAAGGUCUCUGCGUUAGUUGAAUACUCAAACAAGGGUCCUCUCUCUGAGUUUCUUGAUGUAGUCGGAACGGUACCAGUUGAGAUGCUCCGCAGUUGGACUAUCCAACUCCUGGAGGCUCUUGAAUAUUACCACCGCAGUGGAUUCGUUCAUGGGAAUAUCAGUUGCGGCCGCGUCUUGCUGUUUAGGACACCGACGGGAGGAACUAUUGUGAAAUUGCAGGCCAGCAUUGAAGAGUCUUUGCCUGUGUCCGCCGCUGGCAAACGGUCUUUGACAACGUCCAAGUCACCAUUCUGGAUGCCUCCUGAGUUGGCGCAUGAUGGAGCUCCCCCGACCAUGAAGACCGAUGUAUGGGAUCUGGGAAUAGUGUUUCUCCAGAUGGGCUUCGGAAUGGACGUCCUCCAGCGGUAUACAUCGGCGAAUGCGAUGAUGGCCACCCUAGGUCUAACGUCCCCUCUGCAGGAUCUACUACAUGAAUUCUUUCGACCAGAUCCCAAGAAACGGCCCACGGCUUUCCAACUUCAACCAUCCGAGUUCUUCCGUGUUGAUUCGCCUUUGAUUGCUCGAACGAGUGCUUCAAACUCCAUCUCUCUCCCACGGCGUCCACGUCUUGAUUCUCUUGGAGCACUGCCGGCGUUUUCCCGCUACAACCAGGACUUUGACGAAGCUGGACGCUUGGGGAAGGGUGGAUUUGGCCAGGUUGUCAAGGCGAGAAAUAAGCUCGAUGGUCGUUUCUACGCAGUGAAAAAAAUCUCCCAGAAGUCUACCACUGCGUUGAAAGAUACGUUGUCGGAGAUCAUGCUACUGUCCCGGCUUAAUCACCCGUACGUAGUACGCUACUAUACCGCGUGGAUUGAAGAAGACUACGACUAUGUAGAUGAAGACGCUCUUUCUUCUACAGAUAGUGAUGUCUUUGCCAGUCGGGACUCCCGUGCAUACGACUAUAGCACGGGUGGCUUGGACUUUAUCAGCUCGAGCGGCUAUCCCAAAAUUCAAUUUGGCUCGGAUAGCGAGGAAGACGACGACGGCACACUGUCUAAUCGAAGGAAGGGAAACACCCCAGAAACUUACGAGACCGAGAGUGGCACAGGUCGGGAGUUGAGUCGAAUUGCGUCGGGUUCUCAAGGCAGACCAGUACAUACCACUCUUUACAUACAGAUGGAAUACUGUGAGAAACACACUCUUCGUGAUUUGAUUCGAAAUGGUCUGUAUGAUGACGUUGAUCGUUCAUGGCGUCUGUUCCGCCAAAUUCUCGAUGGUCUUAGCCACAUUCAUGGCCACGGCAUCAUUCAUCGAGAUCUCAAGCCGGACAACAUCUUCAUUGAUGUUGCCAACAAUCCACGUAUUGGAGAUUUCGGCUUAGCUACCAGCGGCCAAUUUACUACUGCGGUGUGCUCUUCUACAACGGCAGAUUUUGAAGGCAAUUUCACCCGGAGCCUGGGCACAACCUACUAUGUCGCACCGGAAAUGAAAUCUGGCCUAGCAGAAAACUACAAUGAGAAGGUGGAUAUGUAUUCUCUGGGUGUGAUCUUCUUCGAGAUGUGUCAUCCUCUUCCGACGGGCAUGGAACGUGAUCAGACAUUGCGGGCGAUAAGGGAGCCGCACCUCACGCUUCCACCGACGUUCCAAUACUCUGAGAAGGUGGUCCAAGGCCGGAUAAUUAGAUCACUGCUAAGCCAUGAUCCGAGCCAACGGCCUUCGGCGGCCGACCUUCUACAUAGUGGCCAGAUCCCUCUACAAGUCGAAGAAGAGACCUUCAGAAGAGCUAUCAUGCAUCUCUUAUCUGAUCCCAAUUCGCCUGAUUACAAGAAGAUUCUUUCCGGAAUAUUCUCCCAGUCUCCGAAAAAAUACGAAGAUAUCGCCUGGGACAUGGAUUCGCGCGAGUCACCAGCAGCCCACGAGCUUCUGGUUCGAGGCCUGGUUAAAGAAAGAUUGACUUCUAUCUUUCGCCGGCACGGAGCGGUGGAGACAACUAGGCAGAUGCUGUUUCCCAGGUCUCAACACUACAAUAACGGUGCCGUGAGAUUACUGGACUCUUCUGGAAACCUGCUUCAGUUACCAUUCGAUCUUACUUUGCCGAAUGCACGUGCCAUACCCCGACAGGAUCCUUCGCUGGAGAAGACAUAUGCUUUCGGCACUGUAUACAGAGACAUGCCUCAUGGAGGGGAGCCUAGGACCCACAAAGAGGUGGACUUUGAUAUUGUAUCGCACAAUACUCUGGAUUUGGCGUUGAAAGAGGCGGAAGUCAUUAAAGUUCUGGAUGAAAUCAUUGAAGAGUUUCCACCUUUGAGGUCUUCUCCAAUGUGUUUUCUGGUCAAUCAUUCCGACUUGCUUCAACUUAUCAUGGAAUUCUGCCGUAUAACUCCAUCUCAAAUCCCUCGUGUAAAGGAGGUCAUUAGCAGGUUGAAUGUGGGAAAAUGGACGAUGCAGAAGAUCAGAAGCGAGCUUCGAUCGCCCUCCAUCGGUGUUGCUUCGACAUCACUGGAUGAUCUUGCUCGCUUUGACUUUCGAGACUCUCCCAAGCAAACGCACAAACGACUGCGGGCAAUCAUGGAAGGUACCCGGUUCGCUGAGCGAUUGGCGCCCAUAUUCGCUCGCAUCAACAUGCUAGUUGGGUAUUUACAGGGUUUUGAUGUCAAACGAAAAGUUUAUGUGAAUCCUCUUGGGAGCUUGAAUGACAAGUUCUUCCGGGGAAGUAUUCUGUUCCAAUGUGUCUUCGACAGUAAGCGGCGUGACGUCUUCGCUGCCGGUGGACGAUACGAUUCUCUAGUUCAGGAGUUCCGUCCAAAAAUGCUGGCGAGUCGCGCGCACACUCACGCUGUGGGGUUCAAUCUGAGCUGGGACCGUCUUAGUUCAGCUAUGCUUGAGUACCUCGGCACCGGGAUCUCUGCUAAGGCAUCCGUGAAGCAUCCUGAGACAGAAAACGGGGCGUUCUGGAAAACGAGAAGGUGUGACGUUCUUGUUGCCAGUUUCGACCCGACUGUGCUACGUACGAUGGGGAUUAAGAUCGUUCAGGAUAUGUGGGCCAACGAUAUUAGUGCCGAACUCGCUGUGGAUGCUUCGUCUUUGGAAGAACUACUCAACAAGUACAAAGAGGACAGCCAUAGCUGGAUCGUCAUAGCCAAGCAAGACAGCCAAGAACGUGGCUUCAAAGUAAAGAGUUUCUCUCCUCGAGAAGAACUAGAUAUCCGAAGCCCCGAGCUAGUGCCUUGGAUUCGCCACGAGAUGCGUGCGCGCAGCCAACGGGAAGGCACAACAGAGCCACAGCGACAGUCUCGACUUUUGAGCCAAGCAGAAGCCAGCACAGCGAAUGGUGACCGGGCCAGUGAUGUGCGCAUUCUGAUACCACAGCACCGGAGCAAGAAGUCGAACCGCAGGAACAUCGUCGAGUCUGCUCUCUUCCGAUCCCGCGAGGUCGUCGAAGAUGCCUUGCAUGGCCCGAUCGCCGCUAUUGAUACCCGCGACGAUCUUCUGGAGGCGAUCAGAAACACCCGCCUUUCCGACCCGGAAAGUUGGCGGGCGGUCAUCCAAAAUGCACCGCUGACCGAGCGCAAAUACCUCAACCAGGUGCACGAACUGCUCUCCGAUCUCGCCAAUGAGGCGCAAACCGGUGAUGGUACCGAGCUUUAUACAAACGCAUUUAUCUACAAUUACCGGACGGGGUCGUGUAUAUACUACGAUUUAGGAGUCGGCUGCUGAGGGGAAUGGGUGGAAUGAUG